AUGGAGCUGCGCUUGCUGCAUCACUUUACCCUAUUCGCCAGCGCUACAAUGCCAGGGGCCCAAUUGAAGCGUAUCAAAGACUGUUGGUCGAUUGACGUGCCCCGACUCGCAUUCAGUUACAAACCGCUCCUGCACGCUGUCUUCGCCAUCUCUGCCCUGCAUCUGUCCGAAGCCAACCCAAACGAUGCUGGGUUGCCGGGCAUCCACUGCCAUUACCUGGAGCAGGCUUUGCGCGAACAUCGACUUUGUAUCGGCGGCAUAACUACGCAGACCGCGGAUGCGGUGUGCUUUACAAGCAUCCUGUUACAGGUCGAUGUAUUUGCUACCUUACAAAAUCAUCCUGUUGUUUCUUACGAUCAUGUCAGUGGAUGGAUGCGCCUAGUGCGCGGGUCGGUAGCUGUCUUUGACGCUGCCUUGGAGAUUGCGAGGCACAAUACCCAUCUCGCGAGUAUCUGGUGUAUUAUCGAUACCUUUCCCCUCCCCUUGCGGACGAAUUCUGAUGCUGGGGCAUUUUCCUUCCUGCUUCCGACUGCGACUGACGAGGAGGAGGACGAUAUGGCGCUGGAAACAUAUCGAGGGGCCGUCGCGCAUAUCAACGCCACCUGGCUGGCCAUGGAAGCAAAGGAACAUCCGCAAAUUAGCUGUCGCCGGCUCAUGGCCUUCCCUGUAGGACACCUCGCGCUUUGGUGGUUCUGGCCUACUUUCUCGCCUUGUCGGCACCAUUACGCGACACAUGGUGGAUCGGAGAUGCUGCACACAAAUACGUCGUGGCCCUUCAACCAAUCCUUCCUCCCCGUUGGGAGCGCCUAA